UUUCAAACGCGCGUGCAAGUGUGAGUACUCGAGUCACUAUUAGAGUAAAGCUUUACAAGAUUCUGUUGGGUGGUUCUUUUUUUUUAAAUCGUUCAGCGACCGUACAUCUACAAGUGUUUGAUUGGAUGCUGACCACGAAUGACGCGCUCCACAGCUGACCAUCCGACAGGUGUGAGCAUGCACGUGCAGCGUUGAGCAGGUGUCGAGUGAGCACAUGUACCUGCCGGCAGCAACGGUUGCCACGGCCAUGGCAACAGACAGCACGACGGAGGGCAGGGGCCUGUCCCUCCACCCCCAGGUCUCGUCCUCCACCCACCACUCCAUCUCCAUCAAGUGGGCGUGUGAGGGAGACUCCAGGGGCUUCAGGGUCCAGUACAACCGUGACGCCAGCGCCUACAGGAUAGACAGCGGGAUGCUGGCCUACACGGCUAGAGAGUACUACAUCAACAAUCUGGUCUCUGACACAUACUACAGGAUCUGCGUGACCAUGUUCCACGGCAACGAGUCCUACCCUCUAGAGGAGUGUCUAGAAGCUUCCACCACCAGCUGGCACAUCCCCGUCUCCAUCGGCUCCAGCAUCGGCGCUGUCCUGGCGCUCUCCAUCAUUGUCCUCAUUGUCCUCCUGUCCCGAUGUCCUAACCUGGUCCGGCAGCCCCGCACGGCAGCGGCCGAGUCCAGCAAGUACGACUCCAUGUCCUCGCACUUCCCUGACGACCGGUACGAGAUGAGCGACACGACCACCCACUGCCACGACCGGGAGGACGACGUCUUCUCCCAGAACAGCGAGGGCGACAGUCUGGCCGAGAGCAAGGGCCCGUCCCGACACGCCUACCAGCACUCGCCGCAGAGCCUGGCUGAGAGGGUCUGUAACGGGAGCAAGAUCUCCAACGGCGGCAGUAAACCGGCCAGGGCGAACAUCCCGCUGGGGAGAUGCGGGCGCACGUUGUCGCUGACCGAACGCCGGCACAACCCCAGCCAUCCAUACCGCUCGCGGCAGGCCCGGCUCGCACACAUGCACACACACUUCCACUCCAUACAGUCGGAGCCGGGGGGACACCGCACAGCUCCACGGAUCAGCAUUAGUGACUUCCCCGCGUCAGCCGUCAGCGCCGAGCUAUCGGCGUCACGGAAGAGUCAUCACUCCAGCAUGCCGACGACCCACAACGGCAAAGGCUCGCUGGGCCACACCGCCGGGGCCUACGCUAAACUGACUAACCACACGACCAACCCGGAGUCGGCCACUUCCACAUCAGAGCCCACGGUAGCAGAGAGCAACCCAACGAAGGUCAGACCGCCAGUGCUGAAAUACGUGUCAAAAACACUGCACAUGAGCAUUGAAGGCGACACGCUAGUCUGACACGCACACACUACUCACCUACACAAAAACCAUCCAGUUUUCCGGGAAUUUCCCAACCGGAUAUGUGUUUUCUGAAGGUCGGGGUUUACAAACUUUGGAACCUCUGUUAGCAGCCGAUUCUAAUGUACAUAUUACAAUGGGCGUUCCUCGUUUAGAUCUUGUCACGGCCUGAUAUUUGCAAAUAAUUCCAUGUUUUUUAUAAAGGUCAACUACAAUACGUUUUGUGCGAUAACGUGAAGUUACUCAUAUAUUCUUCAUUGCUUGUACUUGUGGAUAGCAGCAAAACCAUGGACAGAUACUUAGCCAUGUUAAUGUAAUCGAUAUAACCAUUGACUUAUACCAGUUAUUCAUAGACCUAUUACGGAUAUUAAACUAGAUGGAUCAUAAAAGAAACUACUAGUGGCAUGCUGUCCGUGGACUCGACUAGACUCUGAAGUAACACAAAUUCUGAUAAAAUUGGUUUGUGUUGUCGUGGCCGAGUA